AAUCCAAGAUUUAUCGGAUCCGGCUCCAGUGAAUCGCAUGCCUUAUCGCGUUUAAAACGAUCUUGGCGUUUCUCGAAGCUUCCUGGCCAUUGCUCGAGUUUCUGAUCUUUGCAUCGUCAUGGCACUUCUUAUUUAAUGGCUGAUUUUAAAUUCUUUUCAACUUUUACGAAUUUUCAGUGGGAGAUAAAGGAAACAUUCGGCGCGCGCAUCUUGCGACAUGACCGAUCUGUGAUCAACUGCGAGUCAAUUUGAAAAAUCGAGUAGAGGUUGUGCCGGUUUUAAAUCAAUUUGACAUAAUGCCUCCGAAAAAAGGAUCGGGGGGUGCAAAAGCUGGAAAAUCCAAGGGCGAUGACAGCGAAAAAGGUAAAACAGAAAAGAAUGGAGGAACCGCGGUUAAGGUGAGACACAUUCUAUGUGAAAAGCAGUCGAAAGUAAUGGAGGCGAUGGAAAAACUGAAAGCCGGGCAAAAGUUUAACGAAGUUGCAACGGCAUACAGUGAAGACAAGGCUCGGUCAGGAGGCGAUCUGGGUUGGAUGACGCGUGGGUCGAUGGUAGGUCCAUUUCAAGAGGCUGCAUUUGCUCUACCCAUUUCUAAUUUAGGAUCUCCAGUUUAUACAGAUCCUCCGGUUAAAACAAAAUUUGGGUAUCACAUUAUUAUGGUGGAAGGCAAAAAAUAGAGUUGCCUUAUUAUUAUGUAAAUAUUUAUACCGAUUCCUAUUAAGUAUAUUUUUUAAUGUUUUGUCCGAUAGUUUGGACAAGGAACAUAUUAAUAUAUAAAGUACUACGUAAUUACCAAAAAAAUAUAUUUCUUCACAUGUACAUUAUUAUCAAAAGUUAGUUUCCAGUGAUAAACUAAUGCUAAAUUAAAUCCUUCGAUCAUAUGUAUAUAAUUAUAACAUAACGGUACUCAUUUUCAUUCACUUUACAUGAUAUUCAAGAAGAAAUUAAUGAAGAUGUGACAUCACUAAAUGAGAAUGAAAAGACAUAAUGUAUUAUAAUAGCAAUAAAUAUAAUGCUUAUACAUGCUACUCAGUCGCUUCUCUUAAUUAUGUUGCUAGCGAACAGUUCUCGAUGUACCACUAAACAUUUGUUUGGAUUUAACAAAGUGUACAAAGAGAAUGAAUUAGACAUAAAAGUUUAAAGUCACAAAAGUAAAUCAACAUAUGCCGCGAUAUAAUUUCCACGCAACUCAAAAGAUUGAAGUUCGUGAAUUGUCGACUAUUCAUCUAAGUUAUGCUGUUCUUAUAAAUGUUUGUAAUUUGUACACUUGUAUUUGAUACUUCUUCAUCAAUUUAUAAGAUUUGAUAGUGUGACGAGGGAAUGUAUCUAAC